UACAACAAACAUGAAUAGAUUCUUUGUGAUUUCUUUUCUUGGUAUGCUGAUAGCAGUUCAUGGAGUUGCAGGAAACAUGAUCUAUGAUGACAUUGGCACGCUUGAUGAGCUUGAAAACUUUGACAUAGAAGAAGACGAUGAGGUGGAUGUCUUUGAAAUCCCGUCAUGGACAAGCGAACGUGGUAGCAAGGUUCUUGUUAAUGUGGAUAGCUUUGGUGCUAUUGGAGAUGGAGUUUCUGAUGAUACUCAGGCUUUUGUAAAAGCUUGGGAUAUUGCAUGCAAUACAACAAAAGCUGUUUUCCUGGUACCCCAAGGGCGCCGCUAUCUAGUAAAUGCAACAAGAUUUGAAGGGCCAUGCGCAGAUAGCUUAGUCAUCCAGAUUGAGGGAACAAUAGUAGCACCAGAUGAUCCUGAUAACUGGGAUCCCAAAUUUCCACGAACAUGGCUUGAUUUCUAUAAACUGAAGGGAGUACUUUUCCAAGGUCAUGGAGUUAUUGAUGGAUCAGGCAGUAAAUGGUGGGCUUCAUCCUGCAAAAAGAAUAAGACAAAUCCUUGCAGGGGUGCUCCAACAGCAUUUACUAUUGAUAGAAGCUCAGCUAUAAAGGUAAAAGGGCUCACCAUCCAGAACAGCCAACAAAUGAAUUUCGCCAUCUCUCAAAGUGAUUCUGUACGAGUUUAUGCAGUCCAAGUCUCAUCUCCAGGAGACAGUCCUAACACUGAUGGAAUCCAUAUAACUGCAUCCACUAAUGUGAUUCUUCAAGACUGCAAAAUUGGAACAGGAGAUGACUGCAUCUCAAUUGUCAAUGCUACAUCAAAUAUUAAGAUGAAGAGAAUCCUUUGUGGACCAGGACAUGGAGUCAGCAUUGGAAGUCUAGGGAAGGACAAUUCCAGCGCCGUAGUCACAAAAGUGGUCUUGGAUACAGCAUUCCUCAGGGGGACUACCAAUGGCCUCCGCAUCAAGACUUGGCAGGGAGGUUCUGGUUAUGUUCGUGGAGUCCGUUUCCAAAAUGUAAGGAUGGAAGAUGUAGCGAACCCCAUAAUCAUAGAUCAGUUCUACUGUGACUCCCCCAAAGCUUGUCAAAAUCAGACAUCAGCUGUGCAAAUCAGCCAAAUCAUGUAUUGGAACGUCUCAGGAACUACAACGAGUAAGAAUGCGAUGAAGUUUGCCUGCAGUGACACAGUUCCAUGCAGCAACCUAGUCCUCAGUAACGUCAACUUGGAGAAGAAAGAUGGCACAGUGGAGACAUAUUGCAACUCUGCCGAAGGCUUCGGGACUGGAGUUGUGCAUCCAUCAGCAGAUUGUCUGAACUCUCAUGACAAAGAUAUGAUAGUCAUCAAACAGCCUGCAGAAGUUGAACAUGCAGAUCCCAGCACAGAAAAAAUUGUGCAUACUGAACUGUGACCUAUAUAGGUCAUAUUGACAUACCUAAAUAACUGUUUGAUAGUAUACUAAACAGAGUUAAUGAG